GGGAAACUUGACAAGACGCAUGGCUGCGGGUUGCUCAGAGGCCCCACGGCCGAAAGCGGCCUCUGAGGGCCAGGCGGUGGCACCGGCGGGCGCCGUGCCCUGCCUGGAGCUGCCCACUUACGCUGCGGCUUGUGAGCUGGUGAACAGCCGCUACUCCUGCUUGGUGGCCGGGCCGCACCGCAGGCACAUCGCACUGUCGCCCCGGUACCUGAACAGGAAGCGCACCGGCAUCCGCGAGCAGCUCGACGCGGAGCUCCUGCGUUACUCGGAGAGCCUUUUAGGGGUCCCCAUAGCAUAUGAUAACAUCAAAGUUGUGGGUGAACUGGGAGAUAUUUAUGAUGAUCAAGGACACAUUCAUCUUAACAUCGAAGCCGAUUUUGUGAUUUUCUGUCCUGAACCGGGGCAAAAGCUUAAGGGUACAGUUAAUAAAGUGUCCACUAGUCACAUUGGCUGUUUAGUGCACAGGUGUUUUAAUGCGUCCAUCCCUAAACCUGAGCAGAUGUCCUCUGAGCAGUGGCAAACCCUGGAGAUAGAUGUGGGUGAUGAACUGGAGUUUGAAGUAUUUCGUUUAGAUUCCGAUGCUGCUGGAGUAUUCUGCAUUCGGGGAAAACUGAGUGUCACUAGUUUACAACCCAAGUGCUCUGAAGUUUCUGAAGAAGUCGCAGAAACUGGCACUGAACAAGCCAUUGAAAAACCUGCGAAAAAGAAAAAGAAAAAGAAGAAAGACCCGGAGACAUGUGAAGUGGACAGUGGUAACCCAGAGCCAGUGGAGUUUGCAGAUGUCACCCCUAAUGAAGAGCCAGACCUGCAGGCUGCUGAGAGCGCGAAUGGCCUCUGGGAGGAGGAGCCACGGAGGAAGAAGAGCAAGAAGAGGAAGCAUCAGGAAGAUGUGGGCCAGGACCCUGUUUUCCAAGGCAGUGACUCUAGUGGUUACCAGAGUGACCACAAAAAGAAAAAGAAGAAGAGAAAACACAGAGAGGAGACUGAACUUACCCCAAUUUUGGAAUGUUCACCUAAAAAGAAGAGGGAAAAGUAACUUUCUUUAGUGAAUUUUAAAUACACUCAGUUUUUAAAAGAUUGAUUUACACAAAAGAGAUGAGUAAAUGUUUCCAGUGACAUGAAAUGCUUAUGUGUACUAGUAGCUUACAAAACAGGAAGUAUUUGCCUUGGAAUUGGAGUGUUUUUGGGCUGAAAUUACAAAAUUGGCUAUAAAUUUCUUUGAGGAAUCCCAAUAUUAUUGAAGGCCAUUUUAUUAUAUGCAGAACAACAGAAAAGUGCUGCUAUCUCUGCUGACUGUAACAUUCUUCCACGCUUUACAUUCUACAUAAAAUUGUUUUAAGAAUCUCAAGACUGACAGAGAACUAGAGUAUACACUAUUGUUCACAUCAAUAAUCAACAACCUGAGUUUGGAGUUUUUUAAUUUUUCUUUUUUUGGGGGGGGGGUGGUUAUAGGUAUUACCUUGAGUCAUUGCACAUCAUUUUAUUUUAUUUUAUUUUUUUAAAUUCAGGGCAUCUGUGAGCUUUAGGUAUUCCUUUGUCAUGGCUUCCACAGUGUUUCUGCUGUUUGACUCAGAGAGGUUUACCACAGGGCUUCUGAAGUCUCCAGAGUGUUACGCACACCACUGCUGACUGUCCACAGCUCUUUCCUUCCAGGUGCGGUUGUGUUGUUUUCCUUUUCCCAGCCUGAGGUUGAUGAAAAGGGCAGUGUGCUUCUGCUUGUCUUUUGUGCCUUAGCUAUUCAGGCUUUGUUGUGUGUUGGAGGAGAAGUUGACAGAGACAGGAUCAGUGUGGUUGUGACUUAUGGGAAAUAUCUUCAUUAUUGACACAGGCCACUGGAAACUGUUCAGAAGCGAAAAUAGCCAUUCACUGUGAUAAUGUGGGAUAGAUCUUGACUAAUAGUGGAACACAGAACAGUGAAAUGACAAGCUGAUGGAGGCUAAUAAUACACAGCCAUGUUCAUUCAUUUAGCAGAUAUCUGAUCAUCUACUAUGUGCAGAAUGUUGUAUUACGGCCCAGAGAUAAAAGGCAAAUGAGGUAGAUGUGGUGCCUUCCAUUGCAGGAGCAACAUCUGUGAAAAUGUGGAACAUAUGGAAUGUUAGUAAUUGUGUUAAGUGCCUUGAAGGAAAAAGACUGUAUACUUGUUACUUUGUUAGUAUUUGCCAGAAGUGGAUGAAUUCCCUGUGUCAACCAUUUUUCAUACCAUUUAUCUAGGAUCAGACAGAGUCUCACAGUUUAAUGUAUGAUGAUGAAUAAAUUCUGCUGGUGGUAUGUCCUUAUCUAAACCUGCAGGAUAUAGAAUCUGGAGAGUAGUGGACAGUAUACAUCAUUGUCUUCAGGUGUACAUAGGAACUGUGCAGGCCAGCGUCUUUCAGUACGAUUGAGAGCCAUAUGACUGGUGAGCCCUUGAAGUGUGGCUAGUUUGAAUUGAAGUAUGAUGUCAGUAUAAAAUAUAUGCCAGAUUUUGAGAAUAUACAAAAAAAGAAUGUUAACUUUCUCAGUUUUUAUACUGCUGAAAUUAUAAUGUUUUUGGUAUAGUGGCUUAAAUAAAAUAUUAAAGUUUCAGCCUUUAUUUUUCAUUUUCUUUUUCUACAAAAAGAUUAAAAAUUGCACAGAAGGCUUUUUGAUGUGUACAGUGCUUUUAAAGGAAGUAUGAGUUGUGAAAUAUGCUAUAUUAUCAAGGUUUAAUACAGUGACACACCCGAACAUGCUUAAUAACUGCUUCUUCUGAAUUGUAAAAUUUAAAUUUGUAAUUGCAACCAUGUUCAACAAUGUGGAAAAUUUAUUUUUAGUGAAACAUUUAACUCCCACUAUUGUGUACACACCACACAAAGAUAUCUAAUUUAUGCUAUUCACAGAAAAAUAAAUUGUGGCUU